UAAAUGUUAUUGUUUUUAUAGCAAUUCUUGAUAUUCUGCAAAUGUAUGGUAGCAAAGAAAAGCGAAAAGCAGUGAGAACUGAUGCAGGUGAAAGUGCAAAUCCUGUACAACAGCAUGCAUUCCUUACGGAUCCUAGCGAAGUUAAGCGAAUGGAGAAGGAUUUAUUAGAUCUUAUGAGAGAUUUCAAUGAUGGAAAAUUGCACGCAUUUGGUAAGGAACAAACUCUUGACAAAAUGGACAAAGUUCGUGAAUCACAGGAAUCUUUAGCUCAACUACAUUUUGAAUUGGAUGUUGAUGAAUCACUUCGAAAAGAACACGAAGAAGUGGGAAGAAAUCGUAAUCUUGAAAAACUCAUGAAAGAUCUUGAAAAGUUAAGCUUAUCGAUACAAAAUCUUCAUCAAAACGAUCAAAGCUAAGUUAGGAAUUGCUUUUUUUGGCCUUAUUGUCCUUAGAAGAAGUUUGCUGCAACUUUUCGACAUCAAACGUUAUAAAAAGUGCGUAAAAAUUGUGAAUAUUUGAAAAUGAACAUCAAUGAUCGAAACCUGAGGACAGUGGUUCCAAUAAAUUUAUUGUCAAAAUUCAUAGAUGGCAAAGAAAACUUGACUUGUUGUCCCUUUAAGUAAUACUUCAAAUUAAUUGAUCAAUUGACUAAUUAUAGAAAACAUUUAUUAGUAAAAUUAAGUUUUUUAACUGUAUCUGCCAUUCGUCUAUGUAAAAUGCAAACUGUCAGAGUA